AGGGUCCUGGACAACGGCACCCUCCUCAUCGAGGCCGCGGCGCGCGAGGACCGCGGCUACUACCACUGCACGGCGAGCAACGGCAUGGGGAAGCCGCUCGGGAGGUCCGUGUUCCUCACGGUGCACGUGCCCGCCCACUUCGACCGGCCGACGCAGACGGUGCGCGCGGCGCGAGGCUCCACCGCCGAGCUCGAGUGCCUGGUGGAGGGCGACGCGCCGCUCAGCCUGCACUGGACGCGCGAGGGCAAGCGAUUCGACGAGCUCAAGCCCAAGGAGGACGCGACGGAGGUCGGCGUCACCUCCAGACUGACGCUGCGCAACGUGCAGCGGACCGACUCUGCGCGCUUCGCGUGCGUGGCCUCCAACCGGUACGGGUCGGCGCGGCAGGAGUUGCAGCUCACGGUGCAGGAGCCGCCCGAGGCGCCGCCGCAGCUGCGCGUCACGGGGCUGGCCUCGCGCGCCGCCAACCUCUCGUGGGAGGCGCCGUACGACGGCAACUCGCCCCUCACGGCCUACCGCCUGGCCUACUCCAACGCGUCGGGCCAGUGGCAGGCCGAGGUGGAGCCCGGCCAGCACGGCUCGGCGCUGCUCGCCGCGCUGCAGCCCGCCACCGCCUACCAGGUGCGCGUGCAGGCCGUCAACGCGCUGGGCGCGGGCAACGCCAGCCUCGUGUCGCUGCGCACGGCCGACGAGGCGCCCGGCGGCGCGCCCAGGAAGGUGCGCGCGCUGGCGCAGGGUCCCGACGAGCUGCGCAUCCUGUGGGAGCCCCCCGAGGCCGCGCUGCAGCACGGCGCGCUCGUCGGCUACUCGGUGCAGUACCGCGAGCUGCCGCCGCUGCCCGACCCGCAGGAGGACGCCGCGCCACAGGGGCUGCCCGUCGACGUGCUGGAGGCCGACAUGGACGCGGUGCAGACGGUGCAGGCCGACCCGGGCCCGGAGCCCUUCAUCGUCAUCGCGGGCCUGCGCGCCUUCACCCGGUACGCCGUGAGGGUGAGCGCACUAAACCGCGCGGGCGCUGGCCCGGCGAGCGCCGAGGUGGUGUCCGCGACGGACGAGGACGUCCCCGGCGGCGCCCCCCAGGACGUGACAUGCACAGCGCUCUCCCCGAGCAGCGUUCUCGUGUCCUGGGCGCCGCUGCCACCGCACGCCGCCCGCGGCCGCCUGCUCGGCUACCGGGUCGUGUACCGGCCUCUUCCACAGCAGGCCAUGCAGGACGAGCUGCUCUGGCCCGAAGAGGGUGACGGUGAGGACAGCUCCCUGACGACGCGCGACCUACGCCUGGCGCUGCUGCACCUCGAGAGCUACCGGAACUACAGCGUCGAGGUGCGCGCCUUCACGGGCAAGGGCGACGGCGCUCCGGCGGGCCCCGUGUUCUGCCGCACACACGAGGACGUUCCCGGGGAGCCCGGUGACAUCAAGGCGCUCGUCAUGGACUCGGAGUCGAUCAUGCUGUCCUGGCGGUCGCCCCGACACCCUAACGGCAUCCUGCGGAAGUACAAGAUCUACAUGCGGUCGCUGGACGGCCUGGGGCUGGCCAAGGACGAGUUCGAGGUGCCGCCGUCGCAGACCCACUACCGCAUCACACACCUGCGGCUGCACCACCGGUACGAGUUCUGGGCGGCGGCCACGACCGCGGCGGGGAGCGGCGCCUCGUCGCGGAGGGUCGUGCAGGCGCCGGCGCAGUCCGCGCCCGCGCGCAUCGUGGACUUCGGCGGCCGCGUCAUCGCCGAGGUGCGGCGCGACCUCAAGCUGCCCUGCCGGACGGUGGGCUACCCGGCGCCGCAGCCCGCCUGGACGCUGCAGGCCGACCCGGUGCGCGGCGGGGACCGCCUCCAGGUCACCGUCGACGGCGAGCUGCGCCUGGUCGCCGUGCAGUCGUCGGACGCCGGCAACUACACGUGCGCCGUCGAGAACUCGGGCGGAAAGGACUCCAUCACGUACUACGUCAGCGUUGACGAAAACCGCAAUAAAGGAGUCCCCACCACUCCACUGGGGCUGCGGGUCGCUACGGCCACCGUGUCCUCGCUGACGGUGCAGUGGAGGCCCGGGACGGGGCUCGCCAUGCCGACGGGGUACUACCUCCACUUCAAGCGGGAGUUCGGGGAGUGGGAGAAGACGAAACUGUCGGCCGAGCAGGUGACGGUGCGCAACGGCACGGACAGCCACUGCAGCCACAGCCUGCUCGGCCUCCUCUGCGGCACCAAGUACCAGAUGUACGUGUCCGCCUUCAACCAGCUGGGCACGGGGCUGCCCACCGCCAUCCUGCACGCGCGCACGCAGGGCUCACCGCCGGUUGCGCCCACGACGGAGGCGCUGCUCCGCGUCAACUCGACCUCCAUCGCGCUGUGGCUGGGCGCCUGGCAGGACGCGGGCUGCCCCAUCAGCUCGCUCGUGCUCGAGUACAAGCUGCGGCACGAGCACGCGUGGACGCUCGUCUCCAACAACGUGCAGGUGGACCGGCUCGAGUACUCGGUGCUGGACCUGAGCCCCGCCACGGGCUACACCCUGCGCAUCACGGCGCACAACAGCGCCGGCUCCACCGUCGUCAACUACGAGUUCGUCACGCUCACCAACUCGGGAGUCGCGGUUUCCCCGGAGCCCGGCGGUCGGGCGGCCGGCGGGGCACCCGCGCUCGGGGUGGCGGGCGUGGCGAGCCUUGCGGGCGGCGCGGGCGCGCUCCUGCUGGCGGGGGCGGGGCUCGUGGUCGCGGUGCUGCGGCGGAAGCACCGCGCCAGGCACCCCGACGGCGACAAGGCGGCCGGGGCCGACCUGACGGAGCCGCCCUUGGGUAAGGGGGCCCCGGGCCUGGCGGGGCUGCGCAAGGGCGGGAGCCACGGCGGCCACCACCAGUCCGUCCGGGAGCGGGAGCAGCGCGACUCGGUCCGGGACCCGGCCGACCCGGCGCCCUUCCUGCCGACGCCCAUGCGGGUGUCGCUGGGGCGCCGGGAGGACAUCAACCCCUACGCCACGUUCAGGCUGCCGGGCGCCGGCGCGCCGCCGGGACACCCCGCGGGACACCCGGCCGGCCCGGGGCUCUCGCCGGUGCACCGGCACCCGCUGCAGUCGCCGCAGCACACUGUAUGCAUGUACGGCAGCUGCGGCGACGCCGUCUACACCAAGAUUCGCGGCAAGGAGGAGUCCAUGGCUCCAGACUGGAUCCCACUGCACACCCUGUACCAGGAGCGGCGGUACUGACUAACAGUCCAGGGCGGCGGCUCUCUGUACAGCCUGUACCAGUACUACCAGCAGCUGGAGCUGGAACUGCGGCGCUACGAGGGCACCGACCCGGGCCCCGACCUUCCUCUCGAUCUUGGCGUCGACCUGGGCCUGGGCCUGUCCCGUAACUACCGGUUCCCCAGGACGCACGGUGAGCACCGCGCCCACACCCUCCAGCACGGCCAGCGGCAAGACUGGCUCUAGGCAGAGCCAGUCCCUCUCCUCUUUCAACAUGACAACUCCUCCUUCGCCUUACAUGCAGCAGUCUCAAGUUAUUGUCUUGUAUUAGGUUGUUAAUUCUGCUCCCUGACUGAUAUGGAGAUAUUAGGAAAGUGAUAUGCAAACACCUGCCGAGUUCUGGGUUCUCUUGCUCACUAAAAUUUGCCCCGCCCUGGCCCCAGUGAAAAAAAUUGUAUUUUAUCCAGUCUUGUAUGUUAGAUUUGAAGUCAGAAGUGGUGUCGAUGUGGCUUAAACUUCAAGUUUUGAAGUUGCCAUAGUUUUUAGGGCAAUGAAUUAUACUUGUAAAACCACUGCCAACAAUUGAUCCAAAAUGAGUUCAACUGACUAAUUUUAUGCAGCUCUUUAGGCCGUGCAUGACCAGAGCUCAUAGGAAGAAAUAUAUGUGAUAUAUGUGUUUUGUAUGUGCAAUUAUUUAUUUUUUGUUAAGUCUGGUAAACAUUUGAUGACCCUCCACUUGUUAUGAUGUAGCCUAACCUCAGGUCAUUAUUUUGGAAGGGGUUUGGCUUGUGAUAUGUAUUUAGAAAUGUACAACUCAGUGUGUUCCAUUAGCUCAGCAAAGACUGCCGAAAAAUAUUUUACCUAUAUUAAAACAACACAGUAUGUUGACCACUGAUAACUUAAUGGAGAAAAAAUGUCUUCCAGAAUGGAUGCAUGAGAUACAUAAAGUUAAAAAAUGGCUCAAACUUGCAGCAGCAGAUUCCAAAAAUCACACCAUAUUGUAUACUUUUUAAAUCCUAGUUCUAAGAUAUUUGUCAGCAUGAAAUAACUUUUGCAGCCAUGUCUGUCAUGCUUCACUUUGAUCGACUAGUCGUUAUUACAAAGUAGAACUGGUUUGCGUACUCCAGAUUGGAGCUCUGGAUCAAGAAGGAGAAUUAUAAAAGUUCAGAUGUAAGCCCCUCCAAGUCAAAAUUGAGUUUGUAUAAAUCACUUUGAUGGACAUUGUCACAAAAACACACAAUAGCAUUACACCAAAAA